UCAUUAUGCGGUCAAUUAGCAGCACUUAUAUGGGUGUUAAUCGUGAUCAACGAGAAGCCCAAAGAGCCGGUCAUCUGUAUAGUGAACCGCGAAUUGUUUGAGUCGAGCUCUGCCGACGUGUCCAUCAACGAAGACAUUGAGAUCCGAUCGGUGCAGUCCAUCAGCGACACAGUGGGCCGCCAUCUGAGACAACUCUUCGACAUAAGUAAUGUGAUGGACAUCUUUCACACGUGUGUCAAACGGCGGGCAAACAAAGUGCGAACCCAGAUAUGGCUGUUAAUGCUGUCCAUCUGUUGCGUGAUGUUGUCAUACAUGGGAUCAAUGAUAAUACUAUGGCAAUACGUGGAGAAGUUGUACAGUUGGCGCGCGAAGGACUACUCCAACAUCAACUCAUUGGUUACGGUGUUUACCAUCAUUUCGAUGGCCAUUAUUAUACCCGUGUUUAUGAAGAAAAUGAAAGUUCGUGAUAUGCUAUUAGGUAUAAUAGGUGUGGUGUCACUACUAUUGCAAUGUCUGCUGCGAGGGUCGUGGCAGCGGCCGUCCGGUCUCUACCUCUCGUUCAUCGCCGGUAUGUUUGCGCCCAUCUCUAUGAUAGCCAUCCGAUCGCGUCUCUCAAAGAUCAUACACGAAGACGAGUCGGGAAAAGUGUUCAGUUUGAUGGCCACCGUUGAGUCAAUUAUGCCAACCCUGGCCUCAGUCUUCUAUACCAGCAUUUUCGCCGCCAGUAUCGACACAUACCCGGGACUGGCCUUUGAAAUCGCGGCGUAUAUACUGUUAAUACCUCUCGUUAUAUUCAUUUGGAUUGAUUUGAAGUGUAAAUAGGGUUUUAAUGUUUAACAUAUUUAAAUAUAUUUUUAGUUUAAUUAAAUAACAAAUUUUAUC